UCACCUGAAUGGAGGCGAGUGAACCAGUUAUGUCUGUAAAUGUGACCGGUCGGAUAUAGUGACAUUUUGAAGACCAGUGAGGUGUGAUGUCACCAGUGGUGGACGAGACGGCUGGGGACCUCCCCGUCAGAGAUGUUGGACUGAUGAGAGGGGGACUGAUGCCAGCUGUUUCAGAUACUAUACGUGCUGUGAAGCCAUGGAAGAAAAGGGCAAAAAAUCCUCGGCACUUGUUUUGGUUUCCCAGGGGAGAUCUGGAGGACCUGUAUCUUCGACUGCAGGAGGAGAACAGUGUGUUAAGACAACACACAAGGACACAGGAGCAGAGGCUACGCAGGAUGUCCACCAGGCUGAUGCGUCUUCAACAAGCCACUCCUGGAUCCAGUGGUGUGAAGGAGAGGGACAUGGAGAACACCAUACAGGAGCUAGAAGCCCAUGUGGCUAUGCUAGAGAGCCAGAAGGGGGUGCUACAGAGCAAACUCAGCCUGGCCAAGCAGCACAUUAUGGACCUGGGAGGACACACACCACACAAGUUUAGCAAAGGUAGAUCUAUGGAUGUGGAAGGUGGAGUCAGGAGGGCAGCUCAGACAGCUCCGCCUCGCUACGGCCCCACACUGGAAGACACCAGGGCACAGAUGGAGAUCAGGGCCUGUGUUACAGAGCAGGUGAGAGUAGCAGAGCUGGAGCUGGCUGCCCAGGCACUCAGAGACACAUUGAAAGAGAAGGAGACAGCGAUAGAGGGAACCAUGACAGAGAUGAGGAAGCAGCAGGCCGACAGACACAGAAUAAUCAUCAGAGAGAAUGUGGAUCUGAUCCGUCUACAAAAGCAGCUCUCAGACAAGAGCACUGCUCUGAAAGUCACCCAGGAAAAGUUUGACAACCUACAAGAAACAUAUGAGAAGCAGCUAGAAGAGAGUCAGAGGUCACUGAAGGAAAGCCAGGGAGCUCUGCUGGAGAAAGUGGAAGAUCUGACUGACCAGCUGAAGCAGGAGAGACAGAGAGCGCUGGCACUGGAGGGACAACUUACCAUUGCCACCCUCUCUAUACAGAGCCUGGACAAGCUACAGGAGAGGAUAUCAGACUUGGAGGGAGAGAGGGAUCUGAUAAAAGAAAACUAUGACACUCUUUUAGAAAGUACUUUAUCUGCACAAAUCAGUCAUAAUGGGCAAGUGCGAAAACAGAGAGAAGUGGACCAGGAGAGGGAGGACGUGGGGGAGAACAUCUGCAGGAUGGAUAUUCAGAGACUGGAGGAAAUGCUGAAAGUAGAGAAGGAGGAGAAAGGCAGGCUGGAACUGGAGAAGGAGAAACUGAGGCAGGAGAAGGAGCUGUUAGAGGAGCAGAGAGAGAACGAACGAGAGCGUUCUGUGAUGAUGAGAGAGAAACGAGAACAUCUAGAACAGGAGGUUCUCCAGUACAGAGAGCAGGCCUCUGCUCUGCAGAACAGACUGGACUCUGUCACCAAGGUGUUUGACAUGAGCGUUGAGGAGCUCAGUGAAACUCUUUUGCAGAUCAAGAUGUUUAGGAUGCAGCAGGAGGGCAGAGAGGGUCUGCGUUUCCUCUUAGCUGAUGGGAAGGUGGAUGAUUCAUCUCGUGAGCUGGUAAGCAUCCAGGCGUUGCAUGCUGAGACUGUACUGGAGUUACAGAAAACCAGAAACCUUCUUCUGCUGGAGCACCAGAUCAGUAAAGACCUGAAGGCUGAGUAG